AUGCAGCCCCUCCUGCUGCAGAAAAGCGCAUUCACGGACCAGGCUGUCGGAAGGCCACGCACCCGCGCUGGGGAUGCACCCCUGGAGCAAGACGCCGGCCCUUCGGGUACAUACCUCCUGCCCUCAGGAGCACUAGGGAGCACCAGCCUGAGCAAAGACAGCCUGGAAGGGAAAGUGACACCCGCCCCUUCGAGUCCAGCGCAGCCCGGGGAAGAGCUUCAGGACCCGGAGCUGGAAGGGACAGUCCCCUCUGUGUAUCCAGGCCCCGGGACCCUGUCCACACGGCUUCCCGAGGAGCCCAGCACCAAGCUCACCGUCCUGCCCAGGAAGAAGCUGUCGUCGCUCAAGCAGAUGAACUCGUCCAGGAAACAGCCGCGACCCAAGGCCACCUCGUCAGCAGUCCUCCCGAGGGUGGGGUCCCAGCCUGCAUCCCCAGGCCUGGGUCUCCUCUCCUCCGCCACGGAGAAGCCCGGCCCACCGGGGGACCCCGAUCCCAUAGCCUCUGAGAGUGAGGAGACCCUUCGGCUGCCGUCAGAGGAGCCCCUCUGGCUGGACAGGAAGGAAGGUGCGGUCCCCACGACGCCGGCCCCCCUGCAGAUCUCUCCCUUCACCUCGCAGCCCUACGUGGCCCACACGCUCCCCCAGAGGCCGGACCCCGGGGAGGCCAUGGUGCCCGAGGAGGCCCACGAGGCUCCUCCUGACGACGCCAGUCCCAUGACCUUGAUGGACAAAGGUGAGAAUGAGCUGACCGGUUCGGCCUCAGAGGAGAGCCAGGAGACCACGACGUCCACCAUUAUCACCACCACGGUCAUCACGACGGAGCAGGCCCCAGCUCUCUGCAGCGUGAGCCUCUCAGAUCCUGAAGGGUACAUCGACUCCAGCGACUACCCGCCGCUGCCCCUCAACAACUUCCUCGAGUGCACGUACAACGUGACAGUCUACACCGGCUACGGGGUGGAGCUCCAGGUGAAGAGUGUCAACCUGUCCGAGGGGGAGCUGCUCUCCAUCCGCGGGGUGGACGGCCCCACCCUGACCAUCCUGGCCAACCAGACGCUCCUGGUAGAGGGCCAGGUGAUCCGAAGCCCCACCAACACCAUCUCUGUCUACUUCCGGACCUUCCAGGACGAUGGCCUGGGGACCUUCCAGCUGCACUACCAGGCCUUCAUGCUGAGCUGCAACUUUCCCCGCCGGCCGGACUACGGGGAGGUCACGGUGAUGGACCUGCACUCGGGCGGGGUGGCCCACUUCCACUGCCACCCGGGCUAUGAGCUCCAGGGCGCCAAGACGCUGACCUGCAUCAACGCCUCCAAGCCCCACUGGAGCAGCCACGAGCCCGUCUGCUCAGCCCCGUGCGGAGGGACUGUGCACAACGCCACCAUCGGCCACGUCCUCUCUCCAAGUUACCCUGGAAACGCCAACGGGAGUCAGUUCUGCGUGUGGACGAUCGAAGCUCCGGAGGGCCAGAAGCUACAUCUCCACUUUGAGAGGCUGUCACUGCAUGAGAAGGACAGGAUGAUGGUCUACAGCGGGCUCACCAACAAGUCCGCUCUUCUCUACGACUCCCUUCAAACCGAGAGCGUGCCCUUCGAGGGCCUGCUGAGCGAGGGCAAUAGCAUCCGAAUCGAGUUCACGUCCGACCAGGCGCGGGCAGCCUCAUCUUUCAACAUCCGCUUCGAGGCCUUUGAGAAAGGCCACUGCUACGAGCCCUACAUUCAGAACGGGAACUUCACCACAUCCGACCUGACCUACAACAUCGGCACCGUCGUGGAGUUCACCUGCGACCCCGGCCACUCUCUGGAGCAGGGCCCGGCCGUCAUCGAGUGCGUCAAUGUGCGGGACCCCUACUGGAAUGACACGGAGCCCCUGUGCAGAGCCAUGUGUGGCGGGGAGCUGUCUGCGGUGGCUGGGGUGGUGCUGUCCCCAAACUGGCCAGAGCCGUAUGCGGAAGGUGAAGAUUGUAUCUGGAAGAUCCACGUGGGGGAGGAGAAACGGAUCUUCUUAGAUAUCCAAUUCCUGAACCUGAGCAACAGCGACAUCCUGACCAUCUACGACGGUGACGAGGUCAUGCCCCACAUCUUGGGACAGUACCUCGGAAGCAGUGGCCCCCAGAAGCUGUACUCGUCCACGCCAGACCUAACCAUCCAGUUCCACUCGGACCCUGCCGGCCUCAUCUUUGGGAAGGGCCAGGGAUUUAUCAUGAACUACGUAGAGGUGUCAAGGAAUGACUCCUGCUCAGAUCUGCCCGAGAUCCAGAACGGCUGGAAAACCACGUCACAUACGGAGCUUGUGAGGGGAGCCAGAAUCACCUACCAGUGUGACCCCGGCUAUGACAUCGUGGGGAGCGACACCCUCACCUGCCAGUGGGACCUCAGCUGGAGCAGUGACCCCCCAUUUUGUGAGAAAAUCAUGUACUGCACGGACCCCGGAGAGGUGGAGCACUCAACCCGCUUGAUUUCGGACCCUGUGCUGCUGGUGGGCACCACCAUCCAGUACACCUGUGAGCCCGGCUUCGUGCUGGAGGGGAGCUCGCUCCUGACCUGCUACAGCCGGGAGACCGGCACGCCCAUCUGGACAUCCCGCCUGCCCCACUGUGUCUCCGAAGAGUCCUUGGCAUGUGACAACCCUGGGCUACCCGAAAACGGGUACCAAAUCCUGUACAAGCGGCUCUACCUGCCGGGAGAGUCCCUCACCUUCAUGUGCUACGAGGGCUUCGAGCUCAUGGGCGAAGUGACCAUUCGAUGCAUCCUGGGACAGCCCUCCCACUGGAACGGGCCCCUGCCUGUUUGUAAAGUUAAUCAGGACAGCUUUGAACACGCGUUAGAAGCAGAAGCGGCAGCCGAGACGUCCUUGGAAGGGGGAAGUAUGGCCCUGGCUAUCUUCAUCCCGGUCCUGGUCAUCUCCUUACUGCUGGGAGGAGCCUACAUCUACAUCACCAGGUGUCGCUAUUACUCCAGCCUCCGCCUGCCCCUGAUGUACUCUCACCCCUACAGCCAGAUCACCGUGGAGACCGAGUUCGACAACCCCAUCUACGAGACGGGGGAGACCAGGGAGUAUGAAGUGUCCAUCUAAAGAGCUGCGCCCGCCGAGGGAAGCCCCAGAUACGACCUCAACCACGACCUCCUCGAGCAGCUCAUCCAGGGCCCGGGUGGCCUUGGAUGGCAGACCCCCAGAGUGCCGGCUGUCUUUUCUUCGGACUCUUUCUUGAAGACUUACUGUUUUCUCCACUGUAUUUAUUAUAUUUAAAACCGAAACGGGUGUGGUCGGGUGCGUUGCGCUGCGGGCCGAUGCUGGAGGCCUGCGGGAUGGAAACGCAGCGGCGGGGCGAGACCAGGCACAGGGCCCCCCGGGGCGAUGCCAUUCUGCGGCCGCAUCAGAUUGCAUGCAUCUCUUAGACCCGCGCCCACGGUGUCCUUAGUUCAAAUCCGAGUCCCCGGGCCAGGUUGGAAACGGUGUUUUUUUUUUGGAUUAACCUGGGCUGCAGUUUCACAUGGAUCCUUAAACAGGGCCGCCCCCCAGACACACCCCGUGUCCCCUCUUCCGGUUUCCCCGGCUUCUGAGAGGUCUUGCCACGUCCCCUCCCUCCCGUGGCUCUUCCGAAAGCAGCAAAGGUGUUCGCUUAACAUCUCCUUCACCACCCUGGCCUCCCUGGAUGCUGGCAAAAUAACAAAAUGUUUUCCUUCUAGGACAGAGAGAAAUGACAAGGCAAGUCAGAGAGGAUGAGAGAUGCGAGAGUUGGGGUGAGGAACUGGGCGAGGGGGGAACCCUGGUCGCGGGAAUCGAGUUAAUAAAAUGUUCUUCUCUGACA